AUGGGAAGCAAUCGAUCCAAGCCCGAAAUGGCAAGCCUGACGAACCUGGCGAUCCAGGCGAUGGUCAUGGUUGACUGCGAUCCCGCAGCCGACUACUCGAUCAGAGGAUACCGACCAAUGUCAUGGACGAGGAAAGAAUCCUUCCUCGGGUUUAUGGAAAGGUCCUUCCCGAUCGACCCGAAUCCAAGCAUGAACCAGAAGGUCGAGAUCGCUCUCGAAGAGAAGACUGCACUGAAGGCAUGGAAACUGCAGAAGCGAUUAAACGUCACGUUCCUGGGAACAAACAACAUCUCCGAACAUCUUCUCUUUGAUCCAAAGGAAAACUAUCUUUACAUCUUUCAUCAUGUUGGGUUUCUGAAAGCACACUUGGAGAUGGCUCGAGAACAUGGUUACCCAUUGGACCAGAGCAUGGCUGACAGCUUGCAGAAGGGAACCUUGCCGCCGCAACUUCUCGUUGAGACGCUGCAUUCAGUCCAGUCGAUCCUCUUUCCCUCGAUCGACCGCAAAUCAGUACCCAUCCUCGAUGACUUAAUCGCCAACCAGGAUACGGCAUUCGACAGAGAAUGUGCUGAUUAUGACGGCUACGGACUUUUUCAAGAACCUCCUGCGGGCUUCAGUUACCUAUACUGGGGAGAUCGUCUCGCUCUUCUACAUGAGCUCGUCAUAAGUAGACCGCCCCGUAACAAGCUGGAACGGUGGUUACAUCGGCAAAGCAACGAGGGCAACGCACUUUUCAUUGCUCUUGUGGCCUUGUUGAUAUCGAUAUUCGUGGGAAUUCUUAGUAUCGGGAUCGGGGCGGUUCAGAUCUGGAUUGCAUGGAUGGCGUGGAAAUAUCCCCUGACGGACUCGUCUGGAUAG